AUGGAUGAUGGAAGCACAUUUUUUAUUAUUGAUAAACGAACUGGAGACAUUAUGGUUGCACGUGAUCUUACUGAGCUGAACGCUACAUCAUUGGAGCUAAGUAAACACGUGAAAGAUGCACGCGGUUCUCGUGCUGACAUAGUGAUUAACGUUAAACUGAUUAGACCAGUUAUCUCGGCAAAGGCUUGUCCUAAAAUACAAGAGCUUCGUGUGAGAGAAAUAGCACCGAUCGGUGAGGAGGUGGGCAUGGUAGAAUGUACAUCAAACAUAAAUGAUACGGUCAUCCUUGACACACAAACACCUUUCUCAGUAUCGAGCCGAGGUGUUUCUAGUGCUAAUGUGCCAUUCUACAUCACACCAAAGGGCAUGAUUGUAGUCUCCAAACCACUUGUCUACAUGAACAAUAUUCAGGACAUCCAAAUCAUUAAUGUGACGUUUAUGUACCUCAAAGACGGCGGCGAUCGUCUUACAAAUUGUAACAGAAUAGAAACAAAAGUAACGGUCAAAAUAAUUGUUGAAAAGACAGACUGUCUUACCAACUGGACAUACGAUGCUAAAAGGAACUUCCAGUUGAAUGUUGCACCGGUUGCUGUUGUGCAAAAUUCAGCACCGGAACACUGCAUGUUUGUCUGUUCUACUAACGUUUCUUUCAUUUGCCAUGGCUUCAAUUAUAACGCUGUCAAGAGAGAAUGUUUGUUAUUGAAUGAGACUGAGUUCACACAGACAAAUAUGUCCAGGAGAAGAAUGGGCAUGAUUUUAUACAGAAAGUUUUGUGAAUCUGAACCUCUUCCGUUGAUAUAUUUGAGAGAAACCAUGGUAAAGAUUGAGAACGCAACAAGUUUGACAAUGGACGCAAGUCAGAAGGUUCUCGAAAAACUGUUGCAUGUAGGGAACGACUUCACAAAUACAAGCAUUCAAGAUGUAGCCAUGGCAACAAGUAUAUUUCUGGAAAUUGUUGAUAAAUCAAUGUUAUGUAACGCUUCAAGUCCUCAACUAGAAGUAUAUCUGGAGAUAUGCGGUCAUAUAUUUGAUAUGCUUCUCUCCAAAGCAGAGUUGUUAAAUUUUAGUCAAAAGGGAAAAUUGAGUACUCUAUUGACAGUGUUUGAUACACUGAUAGACGCGCUGAGUAAAACUAAUAACGAUGAUUUGAAAACAAUAACCGUUAGGUCGAAGAUGACGGCGUUCAGCGUUCAAAAUAUUCAUAAAAGACAGAGUUUCACCUCGGAAAUAAGAUCAUUUACAAGCCAGAGCGAUGUUAAUAUAAUAUUCCAGUCGCAAAAUGCAUCUGGAAGCUAUAACAAAACUACUCUUGUGACAGGCACCAUAGGUGGACUUGAAGAUAUCAUUAUCCCUGUUCUUGUAGGAAAUAGUAUGGACAGCACAAGACUGACUUUAGGUGGACAUGUGGUCUCAGCUGUAAUGGAGCCUGCUUUUGGUGACCAAUUUGAAGUGGUGCUUGACAUUUCGACAGACGAGGUAAAAUAA